AUGGCCAUACCGGUGUCGUCCGCACCCUCAGACGAUCCAGAGCUGCACUAUCCCUUUUACCACCAGCGCGGACGCCGUCGGCGCCGCAGUCCGCCGCCGAUGCCCGCUUACGACGGCCACAAUGUGCCUCUGUCGCUUGCCAUGACGACACCGCAGCCGAUGCAUCGUCCGUUUCACCCGCCCCGCACGCGGCACAAUCCACAUCCGCGCCAGCAGACGCCGCCAGGCAGUUCCGGCACGUUCCGGGGCCGCUGUCGACACAGGUCGCCGUCUGUGGGCGCCACGGCUGCCUCUGCCGCUGUGACCGCCCCGACACUCUUCCGCAAGGCGUCCUCACGGUCCUCGCGACCAGGCACACGCUCAUCGUCUGUGGCGUCAUCCAUGCAUCACAUCUCUCGGCCAUCUUCGCCGCACGAGUGGUGGGGCGCGACCUCUGGCGCUGCCGCUGCCUCCAGCAAUGGCUACGGCAAGAGCAGCAGCUGGCUGCGCCGCAGUGUCAGUCGCAGCCGCGGCCGCCAAGGGCGGCGUGUUGUUCCGGGUUCUGUCGCAGAUUCUGCCGCCGCUCGACGCGGUAUCGACUCCCCGUCGCCACGCCGCAAGACGGCCUACCGCACGCCCAUGGAGACGGACCACGCGAUGAUGAUGCAGCACUACACGCACCGUGCCCUACUAGCACCACCACGGCCCCACGCCAAGCCGGUCUCCCGGCGCAGCCACUGUCCGUCGCGGUCCGGUUCGGCCGAGGGCUACCACGACGACACAAGCGACUUGCCCGCAGCCUCAUCGUUGACUAUUGACCCGAUCGCCAUGGCAGCACGUCGACGGCGUCGGCGGCAGCGGACACAAAGCCGACCGCGGCCGCGGCGGGUGAUGAGUGGAGAUAGGAUUGGGGACGGAGGUGGUCCUGCCAGCAAUGGACUGUACGAGCUGGCUGGCUACUACACAUUUGACCACGGCGGUCCAGCGGCCCACGUAGAAUCCGUCCAUGUACCUGGCGAUACCACAGCCGCAACGUCACUCCUACAGUUCCAGAUGCUACUAACCGAGUCCAGCGACACAACAAGCGUUUGUGAUGCAAUGGACGUGGAGAUGGACUAG